AUGUCACAAUUGAAAAAAUUCCAAUAAACAGACUUUCAACUCAUUUAUGCAAUUAAUAAUAAGACAUCACUAUAAAAGAAAGGAGCUGAAUAAUUUAUAUGCAAAUUAGUAAUUCCUUAAAAGAAAACAACAAAAGAAUUAGUAGAUGAAAUGGAUUAAAUGAAAAUUCGAUUGUCAAAAGCAGGUCUUUAUAUUCCUGAAGGAUAUUGGGAAGAAAAAUAGGCUUUGUGUUUUAUUUAUAAGAAAUUUAAAUUUUCAAUGGCAGAUUUAAUCAAAUAACAUAAGAGAUAAGGAUUAUACAUUCCAAUGAAUAAAAUGUAAAAUUAUGUAAAUGAAUUUACAAAUUGGGUUGAUAAAAUUCAUAAAUCUAAGAAAAGUGAUAAUCAGAGAUAUUUUCAUGGUAGAAUUAAACCAUCAAAUUUAUUUGAAGAUGAAGAGAAUGAAUGUGUAAUAACAGACUUUUUUAUUUUUUCUAAUGAAAAUUUAGAAUUAUAUUUACCACCUGAAUCAUUGGCUGCAUUGAAAAAGAAUUAAAGUUAAAGAUUUGUUUCUGGAAGUUCAGUAGUAGAUUUAUUGGGAGGAGAUCCAAUCAAAAUUGAUAUUUGGUAAUUGGGUUUAAGUUUUCUUUAGAUGGCUUCAUUAAAAGAUAUUGAAGAAUUAAUUAUAUUUAGAGAUUCUAAUACUUAAGAUUCUGCAAAAGCAAUUGAAAUUAAAGAAACAAUUAAAAAGUUGUAUGGAUAACAUUUCUAUAAUUUGAUAGAAAGAAUGUUGGAAAGAAAUCCUUCUACAAGAUCUCCAAUUCAUGAAUUAGAAGACAUAAUCUAAGAUUUCUUUAGUGAUAAUGUAAUACAACAUGAUGAGAAUUUACUUUAACCUAAUCCAGAAUUAUUAUUAGAUGAAUUAAAAUAAAGAGUAACUUAAUAGAAAUAAUAAACAGUUGUUUAAUAUUUAUCAAAAUAUUAAUUGUAACCAGUUAGUAGAAAAAUAAAAGCUACAAAUUUUUGGGAUGCCUUAGAAGAUAUGAAGAUAUCUGUUAGUUUUAAGGAAAAAGCAGUUUUAUUAUAAAUGUAUGAUAUAUAAAAGACUGAUGAAAUUGACUUAACAUAAUGGAUUCAAAGAUAGAAAGAAGUAGUAAAAUUAGGAGAAUUGACUUAGACAUAAGAUUAGGAAUUAUUUGAUAUGUUAAAAGAUAUUAAUACAUAUUUAGAAGAAAGUAAUAUAAAUUUGAUCGAAAUUCUAAAAGCAAGUGAUUAAGAAUAAUUGGGAUAAUUACCUUUUGAUAAAUUUGAUAGUAUAAUUAGAUAGGAAGGAAUAAAUUUAAAUCCUGAGGAUAUACCUCUUUUAAAAUUAAAGUAUGAUCCAAAUAAAAAAAAUGUAAUUUAUUAUGAAAGCUUUUGUGAUGAUAUUAAAUAAACAAAUUAAUAAUAAUUAGGAAUAGAUGAAUUAAAAAAAAAGAUGUAUAAAGCUAUAAGGGAUAUAUAUAAUGUAUUUAUUUCAUUUUUCAGACAUUAUGAUAGCAAAUCAAAGGGUUAUUUUGGAUAUGAUGAUAUUUACAAAUUUUUAAAUGAAAUUAAACAUUAACCUACACCUGAAAUUCUUAAAUAAUUAUUUAUUAAUCUAGAUCCAGAAAAUAAAAAAAUGAUUUAAUUUGAAAAUGUAAGAAUGUUUUUUGAAAUUAAUGUUAAUGAAGAUUUAAAAGAUAUAAUGACUUAACUUGUUAAUGGUUUACUUAGUGUAUAAAUGACAUUACCAUAAUUAAUUAGAUCUAGUACAAAAAGUAGUACUAUUAUAUCUUAAAGUUAAUUUUAUAAUACAUUAAAAUAAACAAAUGAUCAUCUUCGUUAAACAGAUUUUUAAUUUUUGUUAAACUGUUUUGGAGUUAAAGAUGAAAUUGAAUAUCCUCGUUUUAUAUAAGCUAUUGUAUAAAAGGCAAGAGAAUUGUAGGUUUAAAAUUGGAAAUAAUUAUAAGAAGCUGAUGGAGGUGAUAGUAUUUAAGAAAGAAAGAGCAAUUUUGAUGAUCCAGAAUUAUCAUUAUAGAAAUCCAUAAAUUUUAAUCCUAAAUCAUUUGAUUCUUAAAAAAAAUUAUUACAAUUUAUUUCAAAAGAAUUAUAAUAGAGAGAUGAAACUGCUAGAUAAUAUUUUAAAUGUACAUAUUAAAGAAUGUCUAUUUAAUAAUUUAAAGAUAAAUUACGUUAAUUAUUAGUUCAUAAAGCAGAUUUUGAGGUUGAAUAGGAGGAAUUAAUUAAUAAUCUUUUGGUACCAAAUGAUAGAACAUAUGUUGAUAUUGAUUUAUUAAUAGAAGCUAUUCUAUACUAUAAAGAUAAAAGAAAUGAUUAAAUUAGAUAUAGUUAACAUAAUGCAGUAAUAUUUUUUGAAUAACUUAAUAAAAUGAUGAAAAAAAAGAAAAUUACAUAUUCUGAUAUUGAAGAUUUAGAUUCUUUAGGUGAUGGAUCAUUAAAGAAAAAACAUUUGCAAGAUUAUUUAAUUAAAUAAUUUUUGAUUGAUUAAGAUGAUGAAAACUUUAAAGAUUUUUUAAUUUGUAUUUAAUAAGAUCAAUAAAACAUAUCAUUAAUUAAAUUGAGAUAAGGUUUGAAAUUAGAUGAGGCUGCUAAUAAAUUACUAUAAGAUCUUAAUACUGAAUUAGCAUAUGAAUAAAGCAAACCAGAAUAAUUAUUUAGGAAAUAUGAUGCUAAUAGAAAUACAAAGUUAGAAAUGAGGGAAUUUUAAGAAUUUCUAUAAUAAUUAAUAGGUGAUGUAGAUUAGAAGAUAAUAGAAACAUUAUUUCAUAAAUUUGAUACUAAUAAUGAUAAUACAAUUAAUUUGAAUGAAUUUAGAUAGAAAAUAAUUAAUAAAAAUGAUGAAAAUCCAAGAUAAAAUUAAUAAUAAUAUUAAUCAAAAUAAUAAUAAUAAUAUUAAGAACCAUAAUAAUAAUUUAGAAGAACUGGUGCAGUUGAUUCAAAAGUAUUAACACCAUAGAUUAUGAAAUCUGUAUUUAGAUUAAAAGAUGCUUUGAAUGAAAAUAAUUAAACUUUACAAAUAUUUGAUAAAAGAGGUAGAGGAGAAAUAUUAAUUAAUGCAUUUUAAGAUAUUAUCAAUCAAUUUGGAUUUGAUUAUGUAGAAUUCAGAAGUUUAGCAUAAUAUUUAUAAUCACCAGAUGAUUAAAAAUAUUUAUAAUAUGAUAAAUUAUAAAUACUUAUAGAUGAUUGUUUAGAAGCUGAAUAAUUAUUAUUGAGUUUAAAUUAAACUAUUUAAGCAGGUAAAAAUGCUACAGCAUAAUUAUUUUAUAAUUAUGAUUAAAAUGGAAAUGAUGUAUUAGAUAGAUAAGAAUUUAAUAAAUUAAUCCAUGAUAUUGAUCCUUCUAUUAAAAAUAAAUAAAUAGAUAAUUUAUUCUUAUUACUUGAUGCAAAUGGUGAUGGUUCUAUAAGUAUAAGUGAAUUCAAAUCAAAAGUUUGUGCUAAAGAAAAACCUAAAGUAUUAUCUAAAGAUAACCAACCAUAAUAAGGAGGAAUGUUUAAUGAAGUUAUCAAAUUUAUUAAGCAAUCAACAACCUUAUUAUCAGAUUUUGAGGGUAUGGAUGAAAAUUACACUAAUAAAUUAGAUGUUGAAAGCAUACUUUCAGUAUUUAAAAAGAAUAAUGGUCCAUCUCUAUAAAAACUUGAAAUGAAGGGAAUUGCUGAUUAAUUAGGUUCAUUUUAAGAUAAUUAAAUUAAUUAUAAGAUGCUUUGUUCAAAAGCUAAGUAACAUCAUAUAGAUACACCUUAGAAUAAAAUUGAUGCUAUCUUAACUAAAUUAAGAGAGCAAUUAUAAUAAAAAUAUAUAAGUGUAAUUGAUAUAGCUUAAGAAUUUGAUCUUAAUAAGAAAGGAAAAGUGAAACUUAAAGGUUUAAAAUUAGGAAUUGCUGAUAAAUCAAUCUAAAUUUUAGAUAAUGAUUGGGAUUUAUUAUUGACAAUACUUGAGUAAGAUGCAUAAGAUUAUAUUGAUUAUUAUGAACUUAAUAAUCUGAUUAAUAAAGGAUUGACUAAUUAUAAAGAAAGUAAAAAGAUUAGUAUAAUCAAUACCAAUUAAGAGAUUGAUAAGAUUGUUGUUUCUUUUUCUUAAUAUAUGGAAAAAGAAUUAUGUACUUUGCUUCAUAUGUUUAGACAAACUGAUAGAGAUAAAGAUUAUUAUAUUUCUAAUGAGGAAUUUACUGAUCUGUUAUAAAGAACUAUUGGAUAUUCAAGUACGUAAGAUGUUUAAAGGUAAUUGUUUGAAAUAUUUGAUAUGGAUAAGGAUGGAAAAAUAAAUUUUACUGAAUUUGAAUAUUAAGUAUAUAAAAGGAAUGAAUUAACAAAGCAAUAAAUAGAAGAUAUGAAAUUAGUAAUGUUAAAUGGUCGUAAUCCUUAAUUUGAAUAGUAGAUUUCAGAAUUAUUUUAUAUAAUAUCUUAAGGUAGUCAAUCCAUAGAUUUCAGAUAAUUUAUUACGUAUAUGAACUAUUAUAAGAAAUACAAGAUAAUAGAAUUAGAUUAGUUUUUUAGGUAUUUUGAUAAGGAAUAGACAGAAAAAUUAGAUUAAUUUAGAUUUAUAUUAUCAUUUAAACAAUAAUAGGGUAGAAGUACUCCAUAGUAUGAAUAACCUCCUUAAUAAUAACCUUAUCCACCUGGACAUUAUUAAUAAUAAUCUAAUUAAUAUUCAUAGCCAAAUCCAUAUUAAUAACCUAAUUAAUAACCCAAUCAAUAUUAACCUAAUUAAUAUUAAUAAUAGCAAAAUUAAUAUUAGUAACCUAACCAAUAUUAAUAGCAAAAUUAAUAUUAAUAACCUAACCAAUUUUAAUAGCAAAAUUAAUAUUAAUAAUCUAAUCAAUAUCAAUAAUCUUAUGGCAAUUAAGGAUAUUAGUAAUAACCAUAUAAUAAUCAAUAAUAAUCAAUGCAAUUUAAGAAUUAAAAUGAAAUUGCUAAUCCAAUGUUAGGUUCUUUUAAUCCUUCAAAUAUAUCUUAAUCUAUUGUCUAUCCUCCUUAAAACACUAAUUAUAAUUCAUAAAAUAAUUAAGGUGAUAUGGAUGUAAAAUAACAAUGGGUGUAAAAUAACAAUAAAAUAGAUUAAAGAUGGUCAUAAGGAUAGGAUCAGUAAAUGUUACCUCCUAAAUAUGGUCCUGAUAAAUGGAAAGAAAACAAUGAUGCAUAACGAGAUAAUUAAUAAUCAAUAAUUCCUCAAGAAUAUGAUCUAAGUUUUUAUGAUUAAGAGAUACAUAGAAAAUGUAUCUAAAAAAACAUAGAUUUAUUUGAUUUAUUAUGUUAAUAUGAUGAAACAGCUUUACCAGAAUUGAAAAUAUCUAGACCAGAGUAAUUGGAAUAAGCAUUUCUAUUUUUAGAAAUAAUGGCUCCAACUCCACAUAUCCAAUAAUUCUACUAUUAUUAUUCAUAGGGAUAAAAUUAAAUGAGUAUAGUUUUACCUUAUUUAAAAAUGAAUAAUCCUGGAAAACUAUUAGCUAAAGCACUCAAUUUUACAAUGGUUAAACACAAAUAAUAUACAAAAUAAUAAUUAUGGAAUUUAAUUGGAGAAUAAUAACCAACUUGGUAAAUGCCUUAAUUAGAUAAAAUAAAUAGAAAUCUAAAAAUUGGAUUAAAUGAAAGAGAAUUAAGAGAAGCAUUUUAAUAUUGGGAUACUUAAUAAUCAGGUAUAAUAACAUAUAAAAUGUAUGAUGAAAUAUUAAAUUUGAAUUAAAUAAUUGUACCUACUAAAAAUAAUAAUGGAUAAUAAUAAUAAUCAUAAUUGAUGGAAUAAGGAUUAAAAUAAACAUUAGAUGAAUUUUUAUUACAUUUAUCUGAAGUAGUUCUUUCUAAAAAUUGUUUUAAUUUAUUUGAAUAAUAUGAUAAGAAAGGAUAUAAUUAAAUACCAUAUAAUGAUUUUUUGUAAGUAAGUAAAAAAUUAUUGGGAACUAUUUCAGGGGAAGAAAUGAAAGCUAUAAAGUAAUUAUUGUAAUUAAAUGGAUUUAUCAAUUUAAGUGAUUUGGCUUAAUCUUUAAAAGUUGAUAGAAAUAAAGUUGGAUAAUUUAAUUAAGAUGAUGAGAAAUAAUAAUUUGGAUUGGCUAAUAAAGAUUAAAGAAAGAAUACAAUUAAUAGUUAAAAUAAAGAAAAGUUUACAAAAAUGUUACCAAUAAUAAAUGAAUUUUUGAAAAAAAGAAAUAAAACAUAUGAUGAUUUUGCACUUUACUUUUUCCCUCCUAAUUAAGUUAGUACUAUUGACAAAAAUAUAUUUGUUAAAAAAGCACUUGAAGCAUAAUUUGGAUUAACAGCUAUUUAAUGUGAAGAUUUAUAUGAUUAUUUAGAUGCUAAUUCAAGUGGACAUAUUUCAAUAAAUGAAUUUAGAUUAGUAUUUUAAUCAAAAUAAGGAGAUCUAUAAAAUAAAAACAAGGCUGAAUAAAUCAUUAUGAGUUAAGAUAUUGAAUAAGAAAUUCAAGAAUUAUUUAAUUAAAUAGAUGAAAAUAAAAAUUAAUCUCUAGAUUAAAGGGAAUUACUUAAGGCAUUAUAAUCAGUAGGACUUAAUCCUGGAACUGAAGAAUUAACAUAAUAUUUUGCAUAAUUUGAUAGAGAUAAAAGUGGUACUAUAUCUUAUUAAGAAUUUUCACACAUUGUAAAAGAUAUAUUAAAAAAAGAAUUAUUAUAAGCAGAUGAUUUAUUAGAAGAUUUAAGAAGAGAAUUUAGAUAAGUUUGUAAUCCUACUACAAGAAUGUUAUCAAAAGAAUAAGUUAGUUAAGUAUUUUAAAAUAUGGGUGUUCAAAUUAAAAAUGAAGAACUUGAAGACUUAUUUAUUGAAAUAGAUGAAGAUAAAUCAGGUUCAAUAGAUAUUGAUGAAUUUAUUUACUUUAUUUAAAAAAAUUAAUCAGGAAUGUCAGCAAAAGCAUCUGCAGCUGUUAUGAAUAUUAAAGGUAGUCGAAGAAUAUCAUUACAUGAUUUAAAAGAAAUAUUUUUGACAUUACCAUAAAAUUUUAUAAUGAGUUUUAUACGAAGUUAAAAUAAAAAGUUAUAAAAUUUACCUUCAUAAUAAUUAAAACCUAUCUUAGAUAAUUGUGGAUUUUUCUAUUAAGGAUUAAAUUAUGUAGAUGCUGCCAAUUUCAAUAUAAAAUAGAGUAUUCUUGAUAAAGUUAAUAUCAAAAAUAAUUUUAUUGCAGAAAUUAGAUUGAUUGAAGCAACAGGUAUACCAAUUCCUGAUGAAAAAGAUGUACCCAGAAAUUCAUUUUUAAAAAGAGAAAUUGGUAUCAUUCUUAUGGAUAAAGCAUUAAAUAAAUUUGAUGGCAAUGCAAUCUAUAUUCCUGCUUAAUGGAAUUCAGAAUAUGAAGAUAGAUGGAUUUUUGAUUCUGCUGCAAUGGAAUAAGCAAUGUAUUUAAGAUGGGGAAAUUUUGAUGAGAAAAUGGACAAUAUGACUGAAUUAGUUUUUGAAUUUAUCACAUAUUCAACUAAUAAAGGUCGAUUAAUAUAAAUAUCUUGUGCAUAUGGAUCUAUUCCUGUUUAUUAAUUAAAACCAGGUAAAUAACUAUUAGAAUUAAAAGGAGGUGCUCCUCUUAAAGAUAUAACUAUUGAUAAAAAGGAUAUUAGAACAAAUAGAAAUGGUUGGAGAUCUGUUAUUAAAGCAUUAUCUUCAAAUAUUAAAUCAUAAUUAACAAUAGAAGUAGUAAAAUUGACUCCUUAAACUAUUUAUAAAUUAUCAGCUUUACCAUAUAAAUGUUUAUUAAAUAAAUGGGCUUUAGGUAUGUAAUCAGCUUUUAGAGAAUACUUUGCUUAUAGGACAUAAAUGAAAGGAGAAAUUGAAUUGAAUUUGGCAAGUGAUAUAAGAAUCAAAGCAUGGUUAAAUUGUUUUGAUUGUCCAGAUACAAUAAGGGCAGUAGCAUAAUUUUGGAAUGAAUUUAUAGAGUAAGACUAAUAAAAUAUAUAUUUUAUAGACCUAAAGUGAAUGAUCAUUAAUUUUUAUUAAAAGCUGUAUCAAAAAUGGCAGAUUCUUUAUAUUUAAUGUUUAAGAAUACAGAAUUCAAAUUUUCAGCUGGAGAUCCUACAGGUCGAAUUGAUCAUGAUAUGGUUUUACUUAAAAAGAGAUAAUAAUUGAUUGCUGAUGCUAUUUUAGAUAUGAAAACUAAUUUAGGUAUUGGUAAUCAAUAAUAGUAUAAAUUAUUACUAAUUAUUAAAUUAGAAAAAAGUAAUAGACAGUAAUUAGUUUGGAACCAUUAAAUAUUGAGGAAAUGAUGGAUUUAGAAAAUGAUUAAGAUUUAUAAGCAAUAGAAAGAUUUUUGAAUAAGAAAAAACCAAAAAAAUAACAAUAAUAGUAAUGACAUUUU